AAAGUAAGGUUAGAGAUUGAAAUUGGCGCCGGAUUCCUAAAAAGUGGUGGAUAAGUUGGAGAUAUUUUGAUUUCUGAGGUGCAAAAAUAUUUUGCGAGAGGACUCAGAAUUUGCCGAAUCAAGGGUGACCGUACCAUCGAAGCUUUUAGAAUCCAUUCCAUCUCUUACCCACGUCCGUCCAUGGACGACAAUGACACCCGUGGACCCAACUUCUCUGAAAAGAACGGCCAUGGCAGAAGCAACGAGUUCCAUGUUUGCUCACUCGACAGUUAAGGCAAGCAACGCUUUGAGGUGAGCUCAUAUGUUUCACCCAACUAAGCUAUGAUUUGUAAUUAGCUUGCCUUGAACAGGCGAUGAGCAUAAUUCUCUGAACAAAUGGAGCUGGUAACUCGGAGUACUUCCCUGUGUUGGUCCGCGUGCUUUCUGUGCGCUCCGAAGUCGAGAUUUCCUGAAUGUCGACGCCGUAGUUCGAAGAAUAAUGCAGUUCGAAGCCGGAGAAGAAGUGAUAUCCACAUGGAUUUGGAUGCUAAUUGGAUUAAUUCGAGGAUGAAGAUGUCGCUGACUAGAGCGAGUAAUCGUGGAGCAGAGGUUGGGACUUCGGUCGCGAUGGCGGAAGAGGUCGAGGUUUCCAAUUUGCAUCGGUUUGAAGUGUUCGAGGGUGAUCCGGCGCCUUUGGGUGCCACGGCUCGAGACGGCGGGAUGAAUUUCGCUGUCUAUUCUGGCAAUGCGGUUUCAGCUACCCUGUGUUUGAUGAACCUUUUCGAUUUGCAGGAGAAUAGAGUGACCAAGGAGGUCACCCUUGAUCCCUUAACUAAUAAAACUGGGGAUGUCUGGCAUGUAUUUUUGAAGGGAGGUUUUACCGAGAUGCUUUAUGGCUACAAAUUUGACGGGGAAUUCUCCCCUCAGGACGGAUGCUACUUUGACCCUUCUCGGAUUUUGUUAGAUCCUUAUGCUAAAGCCGUUAUUAGCAGAGGGGAGUUUGGUGCCCCGGGACCUGAUAACAACUGCUGGCCCCAAAUGGCUGGCAUGGUACCCACUGUUAUUGAUGAGUUUGAUUGGGAAGGGGAUUUACCUCUGCAGUACCCACAAAAAGAUCUUAUAAUAUAUGAAAUGCAUGUACGGGGGUUCACCAGGCAUGAAUCAAGUCAUUCGGAGUUUCCUGGUACCUAUCUUGGUCUAGUGGAGAAGCUAGAUUACUUGAAGGAACUUGGGGUCAACUGUAUAGAGUUAAUGCCAUGCCAUGAAUUCAACGAGUUGGAAUAUUUUAGCUACAACUCUGUCUUGGGUGACUAUAAGAUGAACUUUUGGGGAUACUCAACUGUUGGUUUCUUUUCACCAAUGAUACGAUAUUCUUCUGCUGGCAUACGAAAAUGUGGCCAGGAUGCAAUAAAUGAAUUCAAGCUUCUUAUUAGAGAAGCUCAUAAACGUGGAAUUGAGGUGAUCAUGGAUGUUGUUUUUAAUCACACGGCUGAGGGGAAUGAAAAUGGCCCUAUUUUUUCUUUCAGGGGUGUUGAUAAUAGUGUGUAUUACAUGCUUGCACCAAUGGGAGAGUUCUAUAAUUAUUCGGGAUGUGGGAACACAUUUAAUUGCAAUCAUCCAGCUGUCCGUAGAUUUAUUGUGGACUGCUUGAGAUAUUGGGUAACAGAAAUGCACGUGGAUGGGUUUCGCUUUGACCUUGCUUCUAUAAUGACCAGAGGUAGCAGUCUCUGGGAUGCAGUAAAUGUGUACGGAAAUCCAAUAGAAGGUGAUGUACUCACAACUGGUUCUCCCCUUGGCAAUCCUCCAUUAAUUGACAUGAUAAGUAACGACCCAGUACUUCAAGGAGUGAAGCUCAUUGCAGAAGCAUGGGAUGCUGGGGGCCUCUACCAAGUUGGCACAUUUCCUCACUGGGGUGUUUGGUCAGAAUGGAACGGGCAGUAUCGAGACAUUGUACGGCAGUUCAUCAAAGGUACAGAUGGCUUUUCAGGCGCUUUUGCUGAAUGCCUUUGUGGGAGCCCUAAUCUUUACCAGGGAGGAGGAAGGAAACCAUGGAAUAGUAUCAACUUUAUUUGUGCACACGAUGGUUUCACUUUGGCUGAUUUAGUGACUUACAAUAAUAAACACAAUUUAGCAAAUGGCGAAGACAACAAUGACGGUGAAAGUCAUAAUAAUAGCUGGAACUGUGGACAGGAGGGAGAGUUUGUUAGCAUGAGUGUAAAGAAAUUGAGGAAAAGACAGAUGAGAAAUUUCUUUGUCUGCCUCAUGGUUUCCCAAGGCGUCCCAAUGAUUCAUAUGGGCGAUGAAUAUGGUCACACAAAGGGAGGAAACAACAAUACGUAUUGCCAUGAUAACUAUAUCAAUUAUUUCCGUUGGGACAAGUUAGAAGAGUCAUCAUCUGACUUCCAUAGGUUUUGCAGUCUUGUGACCACAUUCCGCCAUGAAUGUGAGUCACUUGGCUUAAAUGAUUUCCCAACAGCUGAGAGACUGCAAUGGCAUGGUAAUUCUCCUGGAAAGCCAGACUGGUCUGAAGCAAGCCGUUUCGUGGCCUUCACUCUGGUUGAUUCGGUGAAAGGAGAAAUUUAUAUAGCCUUCAAUGCCAAUCACUUACCUGUCACCGUGACAUUGCCCGAGAGGCCUGGAUACAGAUGGGAGCCAUUGGUAGACACGGGUAAGAUCUCGCCGUUCGACUUCCUCUCAAGCGAUCUUCCCGAAAGAGAUGUGGCAAUCCGACAGUACGCUCACUUCCUUGACAACAAUCUUUAUCCCAUGCUUUGUUAUUCUUCCAUCAUUCUUCUGCUUUCUCCAGCAGAAGCAUCAUCCUGAUCAUCGCCAUAUCCCAUAAACACUAUGAUCUCCAUCGUUGCAUAGAAACAUGGUUUGAACUCAGUGUAAACUUGGAAAGCUGCCAAAGAAUAUCACCUUAUAAAUUUAAGUAAUUCUGUUUGUUUGUUAGCUUUUUGGCAGAGAAAUCGGAAUUUCAUUCAUUAAAAAGAAAAAGAGAAAAAGGAAAUCCCCAACAAAGAGGCAUAUUAAAACACCAGUCCACCAUUACAAAGAGAAGAUGCGAAAGGGGGGAGAGGAUUUACAGUUUACACCAACAACAAACUGUAUAAACUAAAUACUCAGAAAAAGGUAUCAAAUACAAAAAGGGGAGACUAAUUUUAUAGUGUUGUUUGUGA